AGUGCAGUCUGGACAAUGUGAGGGCAGAAUGAUCAGUCUGAGUGUCCCGUGUGCUGCUGUGCUCUGACAGCUGGUUUAUUAGCUGAGCUGCACUGUGUGUUGUGUGUCUCAUGCCUUGCUCAACAACACCACUAUGAUAGGCUCACCUGACCUGGUGGCUUUCACUAAAGAGGACGAGUAUGGGCAGACCAGUCCCGACCCCUGGGCUCUCCCCGAGGAGUUCUCUGUUCCCCUCUAUCCUCUGGCUGACUCCAACCCCUGGGCCAAAACCUCCUAUGCCAAGUUCACCAAAGACUUCAUCCUCAUCUCUGAGUUCUCUGAACAGGUGGGUCCUCAGCCUCUCCUCACCAUCCCCGAUGACCCUAAAAUCUGCGGCACCUUCGAUCUCAACUACUUCUCCCUGCGCAUCAUGUCAGUGGACUACCAGGCCUCCUUCGUGGGGCAUCCACCAGGCAGCGGUUACCCAAGGCUCAGCUUUGUGGAGGACUCCAGGGUGGUGUUGGGAGACUCAAAGGAAGGGGCGUUCGCCUACGUCCACCACCUUACACUUUACGACUUGGAAGCGAGGGGCUUUGUGCGACCGUUCUGCAUGGCGUAUGUUUCAGCAGAUGAGAGGAAGAUCAUGCUGCAGUUCCAGGAGCUGUCCCUCCGCUUCUCACAGGCCUCUGAGUGUCUGAAGGCUGGAAACAGAAGAGCCUUUGCCAAGGAACUGCAGAGGAAGCUCCGAGACCUGGAGUACACUCACUCGGUGCUGCAGAGGGAGGAGGGUCUGCAGAGAGAGGCGGGCCCUCAGCGUAUGUACUCCGCUCACGCCGUGGAGAAGGCCAACGAGCUUGCAAACGUGGAAAAGAGCAUCUAUGAACACAGAGACCUGCUGAGACAGAUCAGCUUGUACCCUCGCCGCCCGCGCCGGGACCCUCACGCCGUCACCUGCCAGAAGUGUAUGUCCGAAUGCUUGAGCGAGUGCGAGGCGCUGUUGGACAAAUACGCCAAGCUUGCCAACCCCUUCAGUUACAACAACAAAGGGGAGAAGGGGGAGGAGGGUCGGGCUGAUGGUGGAGGAGGUGAUGGAGAAGGGGAUGAGGAAGAGGACGAGAGCGUUAAACGCAGGCCGUCCUACACUCCACAGCUGAUCAAAGCUAAGUCCGCCAAGUGUUUCGACAAGCGUCUCAAGACCCUCCAAGAGCUGUGUGAAAACACUUUCUACAGCGCCACCGUGGAGCUCCUGAAGGAGACUGAGAGGAGUUUCCGAGGCGACUUGUGCUACCUGCACACGCGCCGCCUGGACAGGGCGCUACGCAGGAAACAGAGACUUACAAACUUCCUGUUUGAGGAAGACCUCGGUGAUGAUGAUGAGGACGAAGGGAGAACACUCAGACCAUUCUGUGCUGUGAACCAUGCUAUAGACAACUACUCACUCUUAAACCCUCCUCCCAUAGUGCUGGGGCCAGAUCAUUUAGAGCUCGACUCUUUGGAGCCACCGGACCUGUUAGACCCAGCCUCCGAGACUAGCCAUACUCAGGAGAGUGAGCUUGGGCUUGGGGAGAGCCACCUGGAGUCUUCCCCCUCAGACCAGACUCUGGAGACCCAGGAGAGUUCGGAGGAGACCAAAGGAAGCUUUAGCAGUGACAAGAGUGGGCUGGGACAAUCCGAGACGCAACAGAAUCUGGCUGGUAUGAAGUCAGAAGCUCCUGAUCCUGAUCCUGAUCCUGACUCUGAUUUGACACCGGACCCAGACCAUAACACUGACCUGGAGAGGGAAAGCAGCAGUGAGGAGACGGAAACCACUGCAGGAGAUGAUGAGGGUGACAACAAAGAAGCCCAGACACCCAACUCUUUGCUGGAAGCGGUCUCUGGGCUGGAGGCCAGCAGGGAGGAUGUGUGUGAUGGAGGAGCUGAGGAGGUGUCUGAUCUGCUGGUUCAAAUAGACACUGCAUGCUGUAUGGCCCAAGAGGGUUUCCUUUAUGAGGCUUCUGCACCAGAAUCAGUGCCUCACCUGAGCCAAAACUCCCACCCACAGCCCCUCUCUCAAACACUGGUGGUCAACCAGGAGCCCCAGGCCCUGCUUCCACUCCAGGACGACUAUGCUGUGGGUUCCCCGUGUUCAGAAAGCCCCGUAGCUGGGCUGGAGCUGCCUGUGGGGGUCCUGGGAGAUGCUGUUUCCCGCACCUCAGUGGAGGAUGGCUGGGAUUGUACCAUGAGUGCUUCUACAGGUUCUGACCGGGCUGCCUCACCUCUCGGCUACGGAGGGGCAGUGACCCUGCGUCAAAGGAAGAAGGCUGGACAAGGAGCCUUGAGGUUUGUGCGACAGUACCCGUUUGCCAUGCAAGCUCUGUGGUGUCUGCUGAGUGGAAGGACCCUGGUGGUGCUCGGGGCAGAUGAGGGGAGGGUCCGCCGCCUGGUUGCUGCUCUGGCCCUCUUCGUGCCCAGUCCUGGGAAGUGUGGUGAGAGGAUUCAAGCUUGGCUGUCCUGCCCAUUCACCCUUACUGACCUGCAGAGGUGGAAACUCAUUGGAUUGCAACGAGUGGCGUCCCCUGUGGGCUCCAGCAUGCUUUAUUCGCUGUCCCGCUACAGUCGCUACAUCUCCAUCCUGGAUGCAGACCAGAAGACCUUGCGCUGUCCACCAUAUCGCGGCCAACUUCUUGCCAACAUAGCGGACCACCGCACCUACAUCCGCCGUGGUUCCACCUACUUCCUUCACGUGCAGAGCACACUCUGUCGCCUGGCAGCCAAGGCCUUCCUGUUUACCUUCACCCACCAUCUCCACCUGCCGGUGAGCUCCACGGAGGGUCCAGAGGGCGUGGAGGGUCGACGCUGCUGCUUCCUGCAGGAGCAGCUGGGGCUGGGUGAGGAGGACAGCCACAUACUGCUCUACCUCAGCCAGCUCAUCACUCAUCAGUACCUACAGCCCACCAACGGGAGCAAUGCAGCAGUACCUUGUUUUAGUUUUAACUACACCACCAGCGUUUUAUACAAAAUCUAAUACUAUACUGGGGAGGAGGAUUCACACACUAAUUUUAGCAGGAAUCACCUGUGUUCCUUUGGUUUUCUAAUGGACCAAAGGUGAUCUCAAUAAGGUCUAAAAUGAUUUUAGUUUCAGGGCAAACUGGUUUUGUUUUAUCUGUGUAAUCUCUCUGCCUUGCUAUUUUGUCUCUGGUCUCACUCCUUCCUCUGUGCGCAGGAAAAUAGGA